GAAAUGGUGUGCCGGCUAAACAAGAGCUGAGCUGAGCAGUUUUGGGUGUCAUAAAAAAACGUCUAUAAGCAACAAACAGACAAACCUACACACUGGUUUUCCGCAUAACUGCAGCAGAGAAAGCGAGCGACACGGAGUGAAAAUGGGGGAAGAGACUGGGAGCUCAGUGGGCAGAGAGAACCAGAACACGAAGAAUGAAAGCACGCAAGAGGAUAGCGGUGUAAAAUAUUAUACACGCAAGGAGGUUCAAGUGCAUAACAUGGGCAAAGACACGUGGCUCAUCAUUCACGAUAAAGUUUACGAUAUCACAAGUUUCAUGGAGGAGCAUCCAGGAGGCGAGGAGGUUUUGCUGGAGCAAGCAGGCGCAGAUGCAACAGAAAGUUUUGAAGAUGUGGGUCAUUCAACAGACGCCCGGGAGAUGCUCCAGCAGUAUUACAUUGGGGAGCUCCACAUGGAUGAUCGAAAGAAAGAAUCAAAAAAGGAAGUUUACAUUACAACUUCCAAAGAUUCCAGGUCGUGGAGCACCUGGUUUAUUCCUGCCAUAGCUGCUGUUUUAGUGGGCAUCAUGUACCGUUACUACACCUUGGAGCACAAAUCAUCCUGAAAUUUGCCACUAAUAGAUAUUUCUGUUGUCUGGAGGCCUUGACUUGUUUGACAGAGUCCAUAAGAUCACUCUCUCAAAACUCUUGCUCAUUCUGUCUUCUUUCAUUUCUGCUCAGCCCACUAUUUGGAAAGGAUCCAUAGCUUAGUGGCUCAUGUAGACUGGCUUUUCUACCACGAUUUCCAGUUCUGUCUGGAAACUUUUUUUUCUGUCAUUUUAUUUCAUCUUUAAAAUGUGCAUGGAAAUGAUUUCCACCGCUCUGUGUUGUUGAUUCAGCUCCUUUAGUGAUGGUGCAACUUGUACUGAUCCAAAUUUGCAGAUUUUUUUGACAAAUCACGCGUACACAGCAUUUGCAUAGCUGCUAUUCAAUGUUUGAUUAUUACCAGAGGAUUUUGACCAAAUGAUUUAAAUCAGGCAGGUCCAAAGUCAAUGAUGGAGGGUCGGUGUCCUGCAAAGUUUAGUUCCAACCCCAAUCAGACACACCUGGGCUAGCUAAUCAAGCUCUUAAGCUGCGGUCACACUAGAGUUGGUGUGUGUGAAAUUCUGUCGUACUUCCCUGCGAAAAGGGGCAGUAUUGAACAAGAUGAUUAGACAUUAAAAAAGCAAGCGAUUUGCUCCAUGUUUAAAUUUCUGUCCAGACAGGUUAUGUUUUGAUCCUCAAUUGGUCUCACGCAGUCAUGUCAUGCGAUUUCAUAGGUCAGAGUUCACCAAGCUUGAACUUUGCACCGCGGCAACCUGCAAAACUUGACGCAUGACCUUGCGUUUCCGGUCUGACGCAAUCGUGUGCGUAUGAAAACAAGUUGAAACAAGUAUGAAGACAAGUUCAGUGUGACAGCAGCUUUACUAGGCUUUCUAGAAACAUCCUUGCAGGUGUGUUGAGGCACGUUGGAGCUAAAAUCUGCAGGACACCUGCCCUCCAGGACCGAGUUUGGGCACCCCUUAUUGAAGUGGUACUUUUUCAAGCAUAAUGUACUCUGCUGUUUUUAACAUAGAUUAAAAAAGUUAGUUCAACCAAAAAUUGAAAGGUGUUUUAUUUGUGAUUAACUGACUUUAGUUUAAAACAAUUGAGCAAACGUGUUGUCUUAUAAUUAUCAAGUUAACAAACUUAUGCAUAAUUGUGAAAGUCAGUGUUUACUAAUUAAAUUUUAAUAAAAUCAACCUGUUAAUUUUAA